CGGAGCGCAGCAGGCUGCUGGAUGAGCCGCUCAGCUUUCAGUGACUUCAGGAAAACUGUUUGCAUACCAAUCUCCCCUCAGCACUGCACGCUUGUCCAAUUUUGGGACCGCAGAUCUCGGAGCGGUGGAUUUUAAUAGCUGGACGCUGCUUGGGGGCAAAAUCACCUCCGUGGACAACCCCCGACUGAUCUGCGUGUUUUUGUUUUAUUUGAAUACUUACCUCCAGCAGUCCCGGGGCUUCUCAGAAUCGGCUGUUCAGUGGCAUUUUCGCAGGGAAACAGCUUGUCACAGACUGAGGUUUCGGCACUGAGCUGCGCUUUGAGCCCAUGAAAACAGGAGAGGAGAGAAAUCUGAGAGAAGUCAUCAGCUUCACCUGAACAAAGAAGAAGCACAAGCAGAUACACAUGGGGCAGGGAGAGGCUUCAGCGCGAGGGACAACCAUGGAGGGGGACUGUCUCAGCUGCAUCAAGUACCUCAUGUUUGUCUUCAAUUUCCUCAUCUUUCUAGGAGGCUCUUUCCUCCUGGGAGUGGGAGUGUGGGUACUGGUGGACCCCACUGGGUUCAGGGAAAUUGUAGCAGCCAACCCCCUGCUAUUUACCGGUGUAUACAUCAUCCUGGGCAUGGGAGGCAUGCUCUUCCUUCUGGGCUUCCUGGGCUGCUGUGGAGCCAUCCGCGAAAACAAGUGUCUGCUCCUCUUUUUCUUUAUGCUCAUCCUCCUCAUCUUCUUAGCAGAGCUGGCUGCUGCCAUCCUGGCCUUCAUAUUCCGGGAGCACCUGACCAGAGAGUACUUCACCAAGGAGCUGAAGAGGCAUUAUCAGGGCUACAACAACACUGACGUCUUCACUUCCACAUGGAAUGCCAUCAUGACUACAUUUGACUGCUGUGGGGUGAACAGCCCAGAGGAUUUUAAGGACAGCCUGUUCAGGCUGAUCAACCAAAAUCAUAUGGUGCCAGAAGCCUGCUGCCAGCGUGCCAGUCAGACCGGGGAGUUGGCCUAUAUCAGCCAGGAGCAGUGCUUAUCAGGCAAUAUGAUGUUCCGCAAUAACAAGGGCUGUUACUCUGCAGUAGUUGACUACUUUGAACUGUACAUCUAUGUGGCUGGAGCACUGGCCAUUGUGGUGCUGACCAUUGAGCUCUUUGCCAUGGUCUUUGCAAUGUGUCUCUUCAGGGGAAUCCAGUAGAGCUGCUCCAUCUGAACUUCUUUUUCUAAAAAGGGAAUUCAGGAGAAAAGAACAAAAUGGACACUUGUAAAUUUGUUGAUCUCUUUUUCUAUUGGCUAAUUGGUAGAAAAACAAACUCUCAAACUCUUGUACUUCACAGCUGGACUUUUGAGGUACUGGGUGGCAAAAAAACAAACAUAAACACACACACACACACACACACACACACACACACACACACACACACACACACACAUAUAAACCAUAGAAAAAAUGGGAGAUCAGAGACAAAACCGAUGUAAAAGAUUUGUGUGUAAAGUGGAAACAGUUGUUUUUUGGACCAGGUCUAGCACAGACUGGGUGUAAAGUGGACCAGGCAUGAGGACCAGGUGAAGCCUGAGCAGAAGGCACUGCACUGACUUUUGGAUGAAGAAUAUUUAUAUUAAGUAAAGUUGGCUUAACUGUAAAAAAAAGAAAAAAAGAAAAAGAAGAAAAAAGAAGAAAAAAAAGAAAGUGUUUCAUGUACACUUUGGCUGUUACCCUCUUCCCUUUCAUACUGUAAACUGUAACACACUCCUUCCCACCAUAUGACUUUUUUACAGCCACUCUUCUCUAACGCUGUAUUAUAUAAGCUCUGUGUGUCUGUGUCUGUGUGUGGGUGUGCGUGCGUGCGUGCGUGCGUGCGUGCGUGUGUGUGUGUGUACAUACUUGAUGCUCUUUUUGAAUGUGUAUGAACUAGUUUGUGACCAUGUGAGCUCUUCAUGACCCCUCUCCCCCAAGCUCGAAAGCCAACCUCUGAUUCUUUUUCUAUUUGUAUGGUGAUGUUUAUUGCAGUAGUGGUAUGUGUAUGUGGUUUUAGGUGGUGAAAUGUAUGUGUAUGCAUUUGUAUUAGAUUCUUGAAAAGUCAAUGACAUAAAUGGCAUUCUAAAUGAC